AUGAUGCUGGCGGAAGCUUCCAGCAAGACGCCGAGUGACGGUGAUGAUGGCAUACCCCCCAGCUGCCAUCUCCUGGACUGCAACGAUGCCCGCACCUGUGCUACCGCGCGUGUAGAGGACACUCCAUCGUGCAGUUGUUCUGCUGGUCCGUUCGGUGGAUCAGAUGCGGAAGCUGUAAAGCCAGAUGCUUCGGUUUCGCGUAAACAGCUGCAUCGGUCGAGAGAUUGGCUCUCCGAGGUUCUUGAGCGCUAUUGCUAG